AUGGCUACAUGCGAUUAUACCUUCACACAGCAGCAUGGGAUUGUUCCUUCUGCUCGGAUUCCUACUGGUCGGAUUGACCUUCCAAUCAAUCCAGCCGGCCAUAUACCCAAUUAUAAGCGUCUCAACGACCAACCUGUGAUCAAGUCAUGCGAAAUCCCUCUAGGAAUACACGGCGUAUCCCUCAAGCUCAAGAUCCCUCAUUACGACAUAGUCCCUAUCGAUGCACCUCCCACAUCGGCUGUCCUCUAUUCACACGCUGAUUUCAAAGCGACCAUCCAGCCGGAGAAAGCCGGAGAUACCAAAGACUUCUAUGAGAGAUGCUUUGCUGAAGCAGCUGCCAUUAACCUGUUUUUCCCGGAUGUACGAUCGGAGAACAUCCGCAUAUGCAUGACUGCGUGGCUGGCUGCGAACUGCGCGGCAGAUGACACACUUGAGGCUAUGCCACCUGCUGCGGCCACGCUUGCUUUGGAAGAGACCAUAUCGAAGCUCCAAGGAAAGAAGGCAGACGUCUCCCCGACAAACAAAGUCGCAUCGAUUCUUUGCUUCUUUCAAGAAUAUUGCGUCCAGAAACUUGACCUCAGCGAAAGCACCUCCCGCGAGCUGAGCAAUGAUAUAUGCGAUAUGUGCGAGGGCUUGCUUGACGAGCUCCGAUUUCGACAGGGCAUUCUGCCUGGGAACUUGGAAACUUACCUACAAUUCCGCGGUAAAACAAUGGGUAUCCAUCCAUUCUUAACUCUGAUUCGCACACUGCACAAACCAAUCGAGGGCGACUAUCUCUCCAGACUCCGAGAUCUCCAACAGCGGGUUAGUUUGGUGCUCGGGCUGCAAAACGACCUUGUUGGCCUGGAGAAAGAUCGUCGGAAUGGCGAGCCUAUGAAUGCAGUCUUGGUAUCCUUGAAGGAACAAGCGGGGACGGAUGUGGAUCACAUGAAUGACAUAUUGCCGAGAACGAUCGAUGAGGUGUGCGGUAUCCACAAUCGUUGUCUUUCAGCUGCGGUGGAGAUAUACGAAGGACUCCACGUUUCAUUGAAUGGGGAUAUCCAUGACCCGAUUCUGGAGACUGCAGUCCUGGCCUUUGCAGAAACCCAUCUGAAAUGGUGCGCAUCGUCCAAAAGAUAUCAGGCAAAGGUAGAAUAG